AAAGACAUGAAAAAGAAAUCCGUCAUGAUCAUGCAUAAGUACGCAAAUUGUCAGCACAUGACGUACAGGCGAAUCGGUCACAGAUGCUGACGUUAAACUCGUGAAAAUUUUCGGGCAGAUGCAAGCUGGACGACGCACAUCACAGGGUGCAUCCUCAUCAGGCGUCUAAGGAGAGGGUUCUCACUGGAGCGCAGAAAGCUAAGCCCGCGACAUCGUUGUAGAGCUUUUCGCUAGCGGCCUGUUUCUGGCUUUGUUCUGACCUCAAAAGAAAAGCAGACAACAAGAUGGCCGGCGGAGGCGGCGGAAAGAACAGCGAAUGUGUGAAGGUGGUGGUAAGAUGUCGACCUAUGAGCGGUCGAGAGAUCGAAGAUGGGAGGAAAAAAGUCGUCUUCAUGGACACAAAGACUGCGAUGGCAAGCCUCUUAAAGCCAGAAGGAAGCGAGAAGGACACGAAGGAUUUCACAUAUGAUGCAGUGUACUUUUUGUUUUUUCUACUACGACGGACUAGAGCAGUGACCAGCACCAGGACCCAAAAAUCUCGAUGGACUUAUCUAUGUAUGAUAUUAAGGAUCAUCUAGACCUUCUUCAUCUUGUUCUAAGGGAUGAACUACUAACUGCACCAGCUGUACGCAUACAUUAACAUUUUAUUCUCAAGGUCAAGUUACUGUUACUAUCUCUAUUGCUAUCUCUAUAGGCAAUGACGACGACUAAAAACAGUGUCUACCUCCUCUGCCAUCUUACAUCUCUACUUAGGUACGACGACGGCGCAACACAACAAGUGAUCUAUGAGGAGACGGCUUCUGGUAUAGUAGAGAGCGUCAUGGAGGGGUAUAACGGGACCGUCUUUGCCUACGGACAGACGGGUUCGGGCAAGACGCACACGAUGAACGGACCAGAUCAGAGAUUAUGCUAACUUUACCCACCUACUUGUUGCUUCAUCUAAUCUAGAAGAGUACUUCUUUACUACUUUUUCACGCGAACCCAAAAAAAGUAUCUAUGAGUUCACCAGCAACUUCUAUGUGGUAAUAUGCUGAGUGCUACGUAGGCAUCUUCUCCAAAUACAACAACUCCUUCCCAAAUAUUAGCCCGCCUCUCCAAGUGCAAGUAGCCCUCUCCAAAGUUGUCCGAUAGCUCCAAAGGGUUGCUUCCCAGGGCGUUCGAUCACAUAUUCAACGAUAUCGCUACGGCCGAC